AGCACAUUGGCUGCUGGUCAUCUCUGGGACACUGAUGUUUGGGGAAAAUGUCCAGGCGAGCAUGUCUGCCAUUUUAAGUGAAGACACAUUUCACUUUGUGGAUCAACAAACCACAGGAAUCCAUGUGCAGCAUCUAAAAGAAGAACGACCUGUGAAACACUCCCUGUAGUAUUGUGCAUCCUUUUUCAACAACAAACAUAGGAUGGUGUCUUCUCAAGGUGCCACAUUUCCUGAUACUGUUACAGUAGAGGCCACCAACCAAGCAAACCCGGGAGUAUUUACUAAGGGAGAGGGUUCUCCAGCUGAUCCAUCCAAGCUGAUCUCACACCCUUGUCAGCGAGACUCAACAGAUAGUCAGAAAGCCAUGACGAGUCCCUUAUGUGGGGAGAAUGAAGUUGUAGUACACCGGCCCCAUCGAAAAUCAUAUCCCUGCUCAGAAUGUGGAAAGUGUUUUCCUUCACUGUCAACUUUUAAAAACCAUGAACGCAUCCACACAGGAGAAAAGCCUUAUUGCUGUUUACAGUGCGGGAAGAGUUUUAAAAGGAAGGGUUGUCUCAAAAUUCAUCAGCAAAUUCACACCGGAGAGAAGCCAUAUCACUGCUCUGAGUGUGGGAAGAGUUUUACUCGACGGGAUCAUUUUAAGCUUCAUCAGUUCACUCACACAAAAGAGAAGCCAUAUCACUGCUUACAGUGUGGGAAGAGUUUUAACCAACGGUAUGCUCUAAAAGAGCACCAACGCAUUCACACAGGAGAGAAGCCGUAUCAAUGCACUGAAUGUGGGAAGAGUUUUCCUUAUCAAACUAGUUUCCUAUUACACCAACGUACUCACACGGGAGAGAAGCCGUAUAACUGCUCAGAGUGUGGGAAAAGUUUUGUCUAUCUAAGUGGUCUCCAAGUACAUCAGCUUACUCACACUGGAGAGAAGCCGUAUCACUGCUCUGAGUGUGGGAAGAGUUUUAAUCGACGGGAUCAUUUUAAGCUACAUCAGUUCACUCACACAGGGGAGAAGCCAUAUCACUGCUCACAGUGUGGGAAGAGUUUUACUCAACGGUGUGCUCUAAAACAGCACCAACGCAUUCACACAGGAGAGAAGCCGUAUCAAUGCACUGAAUGUGGGAAGCGUUUUCCCUAUCAAACUAGUUUCCAAUUGCACCAACGUAUUCACACCGGAGAGAAGCCGUAUCACUGCUCAGAGUGCGAGAAAAGUUUUGUCAAUCUAAGUAGUCUCCAAGUACAUCAGCGUACUCACACUGGAGAGAAGCCAUAUCAUUGCUCAGAGUGCGGGAAGAAUUUUGCCCAUAAGAGUAUUUUAAAAAAACACAAGCACAUUCACAGAAGACAGAAGCCAUAUUCUUCACAGUGAGGGAAAGCCAAUGAAAUGUAGUUAGCAGCUAACCAGAAGUCCAUA